UCUUCCUCAGAUCCGCUUCGGAUCCGCUGCUUUAUUCCGCAGAGAAAUCGGACCGUUCAGGUCCAACCUUUCGCUUCGGACGUCUGUACAGGAGCCGGCUGGUCCAGAAGUCCACGCUGGGUUCGGUUCUGGAUGGAAACCGUGAAAUCAGGCAGGGGCUCUGAGUGCUGACCUGUCCGGUUCGACCCACAGCUGAGGCUCCUGAGUAAAUCUGACGGUUCCUUAAACUGGGAUUAGCUGGGAGAUGAUGCAGGAUUCCAGCAGUCAGGAAGGGGAACAGCGGCGGGGACGGAUGACCAUCGGCUGAUCGCUCUCCUCACCUUCCAGAUCUUUCUCUGUGACAGCAGAAGAUGUCGGUCGAUAACAGCCCCCCGCCCUCCCUACCCUCGCCGAGGUCGUGUCCUGUUCUCCCCCAUCACCAGGCUCCGCCCACCCCUUCGCCCAGCCCACCCACCACCGUCUGCGGCCGGCUGUCCGACGGCAGCCAGACGGCCCCCAGUCCCACCAACUCCAGGGGGUCUCUGCAGGGCGUCUCCUUCAUGCUGCAGAUCGGGCUCACCAGGGAGACCGUGACCCUGGACCCCACAGACAUGUCACUGUUGGCGGUCCGAGAGCUCAUCUGCUCCAUCGUGGAUCAGAAGUUCCCAGAAUGUGGAUUUUUCGGGAUGUACGACAAGAUCCUUCUGUUCCGCCACGACCUGAGCUCAGACAACAUCCUGCAGCGCGUGACGUCAGCCGAGGAGAUCCAGGAGGGCGACCUGGUGGAGGUGGUGCUUUCAGCUCUGGCCACGCAGGAGAACUUCCAGAUCCGGCCCCACGCUCUCUACGUCCACUCCUACAAGGCGCCGGCGUUCUGCGACGACUGCGGCGAGAUGCUGUGGGGGCUGGUCAGACAGGGCCUGAAGUGUGAAGGAUGCGGCCUGAACUACCACAAACGCUGCGCAUUCAAGAUCCCCAACAACUGCAGCGGGGUCCGGAAGAGACGGCUGUCCAACGUUUCUCUGCCAGGUCCCUCUGCCGUGUCCGUGGCUCGCCCCCCCGCCGCCGAGCUGCCCCCGGUGCCGCACGAGGAGUUUCUGCACCAACAGCGCCCCCUUCUGGGCGCUGGGAAGCGGAACUCGCUGCUGAGCGGCCGUCCCAUCUGGAUGGAGAAGAUGGUCCUGGGUCGGGUCAAAGUUCCCCACACCUUCUCCAUCCACACCUACACCCGCCCCACCAUCUGCCAGUACUGCAAGCGGCUCCUCAAAGGGCUCUUCAGACAGGGCCUGCAGUGCAAAGAUUGUAAGUUUAACUGCCAUAAGAGAUGUGCUGCCAAGGUUCCCCGGGACUGCCUGGGUGAGGUGGACUUUAAUGGAGAGCCACUCAGUCCCAGUCUGGACUCGGAGGCCACCAUGGAGGUGGAUAUCUGUGACAUGAACAGCGAUGGCGGUCAGAGUAUGGACGAGCAGGACGAGCUGUCCACGCCUGAGGACAAACUCUUCUUCCUGGAGGGUCCGUGUCCCGAGGGAGAGAAAGACGACGAGACCCUCAGAGCCAUCAGCCCCUGCACCAGCAGCAACAUCCCUCUGAUGAGGGUGGUCCAGUCCAUCAAACACACCAAGAGGAAAAGCUCAGCGGUGGUCAAAGAGGGUUGGAUGGUCCACUACACGAGCCGGGACAACCUGAGGAAGAGGCAUUACUGGAGGCUGGACACCAAGACCCUGACUCUGUUCCAGAACGAGAGUGGAGCCAAGUUCUACAAGGAGAUCCCUCUGUCUGAGAUCCUGCAGGUGGAGGCGGCGCAGGACUUCAGCAACCUCCCUCAGGGCAGCAACCCGCACUGCUUCGAGGUCAUCACUGCCACCAUGGUCUACUACGUCGGGGAGGAUAUCGGCGGCCCGCACCACAACCCGGUCCUGGCUGCCUCUGGCGUGGGCCGCGUCGUAGGUCAGAGCUGGGAGAAGGCCGUCAGGCAGGCGCUGAUGCCCGUCACACCCAAGGCCAGCGUCGGGGCGGGACCGAGCAAGGACCACAAGGAGCUGGCUGUCAGCAUAUCCGUGUCCAACUCCCAGAUCCAGGAGAACGUGGACAUCAGCUCAGUGUAUCAGAUCUUUGCUGAUGACGUUCUGGGAUCGGGACAGUUUGGCAUCGUUUAUGGAGGGAAACACAGGAAGACCGGCCGGGACGUGGCGAUCAAAAUCAUUGAUAAGAUGCGGUUCCCCACCAAGCAGGAGAGCCAGCUGAGGAACGAGGUGGCCAUCCUGCAGAACCUCCACCAUCCUGGCAUUGUCAACCUGGACUGCAUGUUUGAGACACCUGAGCAGGUGUAUGUGGUCAUGGAGAAGCUUCACGGCGACAUGCUGGAGAUGAUCUUAUCCAGCGAGAAGAGCCGACUGCCUGAACGCCUCACCAAGUUCCUGGUGACCCAGAUCCUGGUGGCUCUCAGGCAUCUUCACUUCAAGAACAUCGUCCACUGCGACCUGAAGCCUGAGAACGUUCUGCUGGCCUCAGCCGAGCCGUUCCCUCAGGUGAAGCUGUGCGACUUCGGCUUCGCUCGAAUCAUCGGGGAGAAGUCGUUCCGCCGCUCGGUGGUCGGUACCCCGGCCUACCUGGCCCCGGAGGUUCUCCGCAGUAAAGGCUACAACCGCUCGCUGGACAUGUGGUCCGUGGGCGUGAUCGUCUACGUCAGCCUGAGCGGCACCUUCCCCUUCAACGAGGACGAGGACAUCAACGACCAGAUCCAGAACGCUGCCUUCAUGUACCCACCCAACCCCUGGAAGGAGAUCUCAGAGGAAGCCAAAGACCUGAUCAACAACCUGCUGCAGGUGAAGAUGAGGAAGCGUUUCAGCGUGGACAAGUCGCUCAGCCACCCCUGGUUGCAGGACUACCAGACCUGGCUGGACCUCCGGGAGUUCGAGACGCGUCGGGGCGAGCGCUACAUCACCCACGAGAGCGACGACGCGCGCUGGGAGGAGCACGCCGACGAGCAGGGGCUCCACUACCCCACCCACUUCAUCAUGUCCCCCAACCUGGACGACAUGGACGAGGACCCCUAGAGGAGGCGGUUGCCAUGACGACUGGUCCACAGAACUCUCUUCUGUCUGAAAGCCAUAAAGGAAACUUCGGUUCUGGAAAAACGGAACCGACU